ACAGCCGGGGUCGACGUUGAGAGGUCAGAGUGGAAGGCGCUGUGUAGCGCCUGUGCGAUCGGAGACAAUGGCCAAGCACCAUCCGGACCUGAUCUUCUGCAGGAAGCAAGCCGGCGUCGCCAUCGGCAGACUGUGCGAGAAGUGCGAUGGGAAGUGUGUCAUCUGUGACUCCUAUGUGAGGCCAUGCACGCUGGUGCGCAUCUGUGACGAGUGUAACUACGGCUCUUACCAGGGACGCUGUGUGAUCUGCGGAGGCCCUGGCGUUUCAGACGCCUACUACUGCAAAGAGUGCACAAUCCAGGAGAAGGAUCGAGACGGCUGUCCGAAGAUUGUGAACCUGGGCAGCUCGAAGACAGAUCUGUUCUAUGAAAGGAAGAAGUAUGGCUUCAAGAAGAGGUGAAGACACCAUGGCCCUGCUUUUUAGUGCUUUGACAGCGUUUCCUUGAAAUGUUUUUUUUUCUUUCUUGGGAUUUACAAUAAAAUUCUUUUUAUAUGG